UCCUUCAAACAUUUCCAACACAAUAAAGUCUCCUCUCCCUUCCCUCUUCCCAUUCUCUUCUAAUCUCCCUUCGCUUUAUUUUUUCUUCAAGUUUUCUUUCUUCUUUCCCCUCCACCUCUUCUUCCACUCAUCCCUCACUUCAACAUCCACAAAAGGCUAUAUAUUAUUCGUUCAACCUGCUGCUAAGCUAUACUCCGAACACCCCCCUCCUUCCACGGCGGUUCCUCCUCCACGGUUUCCGCCGCCGCGAUCAUCUUCGCGCCACCACUUAGAAUAGAAUUGGUUGGAUUCAUUUAUUCAUUCCUUCAUUCCGCAACGAGAUUUCUGAAGGAAGAAAUAAAAACCGUUUCUCUCAACGGCAUCAUGAUGACGUCAGAGUAUUCCAUCUCGAAUCCCGAGGCCGACUCCAAUGAUCGAUCGCGGGAGUCCAAGCGCAAAAAGCGAAGAAAAAUCGGGCCCGAGGAUUCAUUAGGCCAGCCGGAGAGCAUUGCGGACCCCAGCCGGUGGAGAUCCGAGUCCGAGGAACGGAUCUACGCCACGAAGCUAGUCGACGAGCUGUCUAAAGUCCGUCCGGCGCCUUCGUCUCCGGUCUCCGGUGGAAGAGCCGUUCGCGAGACGGCGGACAGAGUCUUGGCCGUUGCGGCCAAAGGGAGGAGUCGCUGGAGUAGAGCGAUUCUCACGGGUCGACUAAGUUUUCGACUCAGCCAGAUUAAUAAAAGGCAUAGACACAUGAAAACCAAGGUCACCGGCGAUAACCGGUUGAAGAAACCUGUUUCCAAAAAGAGGUUGCCACCGUUGCAGAGGAAAGUGAAGGUAUUGGGCCGGUUAGUUCCCGGCUGCCAGAAAAUUUCCUUUCCUAGCCUUCUGGAAGAGGCCACUGAUUACAUAGCAGCUUUGCAAAUGCAAGUCCGAGCCAUGACUGUACUCUCUGAGCUUCUCGGCGGCGGCGGGGGCAAUGGCAAUGCCAAUGCCAGUGCCAGUGGCGGCUCAAGUCAAUCUUAGCCUCGGCGUAUGUGAUUAAUUACUAUGGCUAGCUGAGGUGUUUUUAGUAAUUUCGUUAAUUUUUUACGAUUUUUUAGAAAAAGCUUUUGUUAAUAAUCGAGAGGUUUUCUAUUUUCGUGUAUUUUAUUGUAUACAUGUCCCAUUUUACCCCUC